AUGGCUGUCAGUUUCUCGGAGACGGAAGCAAACUCCUUCACCAGCCAGCAUGCCUCGAGCAGGGUGGUUAUUGCGUGCAUCAACUCGCCCACCAACAUCACCCUUGCCGGGGACAUUGCCAGCCUUGACCGCCUCGAGGAGCUUCUCCACAGCCGUAGAAUAUUGAAUCAGAGGCUUCGCGUGGACGUCGCAUACCACUCUAGCCACAUGGAAGCCAUGGCUACCAACUACCAGAAGGCCAUAUCGCAAGUCGUGCUGGGCGAACGUAUCCAGGGACGUACCAUGUUCUCUGCGGUCACGGGCGAGGAGAUUCACGUAACCGAUCUCGGGUCAACGUACUGGAUCAAGAACCUCGUCUCCCAGGUCAAGUUCUCCGGAUGCAGUCACUAA